CCCACCCACACCCCCCCCCCCCCCCCCCUCGAAGGACCAGCUCGAGGCCUUCAACUGCCUCCCUUUUGCACCCCCAACACCAGCUUCGUGUCGGUGGCAUCUGCCUGGCAGCAUGGAUGGAGGCGGCCAACCCAACCUGCGGGUCACCAUCAUCGCCGCAGAUGGUCUCUACAAGCGGGAUGUCUUCCGAUUUCCGGAUCCCUUCGCUGUAGCCACUAUCAACGGCGAGCAGACGCGCACGACGAGUGUGAUAAAAAAGACACUUAACCCGUAUUGGAACGAGAGUUUUGACAUGAGGGUCACAGAAGACAGCGUGCUGGCGGUUCAGAUAUUUGACCAGAAGAAGUUUAAGAAGAAGGACCAGGGUUUCCUUGGAGUCAUUAAUGUGCGCAUAGGCAGCGUUAUCGACCUUGACGCUGGUGGUGACGAAAUGCUCACCCGCGACUUAAAGAAGUCAAACGACAACAUGGUCGUGCACGGCAAACUGAUCCUCAACCUCAGCACCAACCUGUCUGCCCCGAUUAACCAGCCAGCACAGAGCGCGGCCGGCCGCCCGUCCUUAUCGGCACACUCAUCGGUCAACGGCAUAGGCGCACAGGGUGCCUCGACCCCCCACCAAUCUACCCAGAACCUCCACCCUGAUAUGUAUCCUGGGCAGCGCCCCGUCCCCGCCAACCCCACACCGCAGCGUCUUAGUCAGCCAACCCCCGCGGUGCCCUCGAACCCCAUGGCACCGCCGCCACCCCAGAACGGAGCACAGCCGAAUCGGAGUGGAUACAGUGCGUUUGAAGAUGCCCAGGGACGUCUCCCCCCCGGCUGGGAGCGUAGGGAGGAUCAUUUGGGGAGGACAUACUACGUUGAUCAUAACACCAGGCAGACAACCUGGAUCAGGCCGGGUGCUGGUUUCAAUGAGGCGGACCAGAGAACUGCUCUUGCAGCGCAGACUCAGCAGGAGCGCACUCGACAUCAAAACCGUAUGCUUCCCGAGGACCGCACUGGUGCAAAUUCGCCAACCCUUUCGGAGCGUCAGCCAUCUCCCCAAGGUCCUUCCUCCAAUGCAGUGUCUAUGAUGGCAACUGGAGCUACCACCGCGGGGACCGGGGAACUUCCUUCCGGCUGGGAACAACGUCAUACUCCUGAAGGACGUGCCUACUUUGUGGACCACAACACACGCACCACAACAUGGGUAGACCCACGUCGCCAGCAGUAUAUUCGCAUGUAUGGCGGGCAGAAUGCUAACAAUAGUACCAUUCAACAACAACCCGUCUCGCAGCUUGGGCCCUUGCCUUCUGGUUGGGAAAUGCGACUUACGAAUACCGCUAGGGUAUACUUUGUGGACCACAACACCAAGACUACCACGUGGGAUGACCCCCGACUGCCAUCUUCCCUCGACCAGAACGUACCCCAGUACAAGCGUGAUUUCCGCCGCAAGUUGAUCUACUUCCGGUCGCAACCCGCUCUUCGCAUUGUGUCUGGACAAUGCCACGUUAAAGUUAGGAGAACCCACAUAUUCGAGGAUUCGUAUCACGAGAUUAUGAGGCAAAGUGCUGCAGAUCUGAAAAAGCGACUGAUGAUCAAGUUUGACGGCGAAGACGGUCUAGAUUAUGGUGGCCUUUCUCGAGAAUUUUUCUUCCUCCUCUCGCACGAGAUGUUCAAUCCAUUUUACUGUCUUUUCGAAUACUCCGCUCACGACAACUACACCCUCCAGAUCAAUCCUCACUCCGGCAUUAACCCUGAGCAUCUCAACUACUUCAAAUUCAUUGGCCGUGUAGUAGGCCUAGCCAUUUUCCACCGACGAUUCCUGGAUGCUUUCUUCAUUGGAGCAUUCUAUAAGAUGAUUCUGAGGAAGAAGGUGUCGUUGCAGGACAUGGAGGGGGUAGAUGCCGACUUCCAUCGUAAUUUAGAGUGGAUGCUGAAUAACGAUAUCACGGAUGCACUGGAACUAACUUUCUCCACGGAAGAUGAGAGGUUCGGUGAAACCGUUAGCAUUGAGCUGAAACCUGGUGGGGAGCACAUUGAAGUGACGAAUGAAAAUAAGAGGGAAUAUGUCGACCUCAUCACGGAAUGGCGUAUUCAAAAGCGAGUCGAGGAGCAAUUCCAGGCAUUCGUAUCUGGGUUUCACGAACUGAUUCCGGCUGAUCUCGUCAAUGUCUUCGACGAGCGUGAGCUUGAGCUCUUGAUUGGAGGUAUUGCGGAUAUCGACGUCGACGAUUGGAAGAAGCACACCGACUACCGCGGCUAUACAGAGAGCGACGAAGUUAUUGUAAAUUUCUGGAAGUGCAUCCGGAGUUGGGACGCGGAGCAAAAAUCCCGUUUGUUGCAAUUCGCAACGGGAACAUCACGUAUUCCUGUCAAUGGAUUCAAGGAUCUACAAGGAAGCGACGGGCCAAGAAGAUUUACCAUCGAAAAGGCCGGAGAACCCAAUCAGUUACCCAAAUCCCACACCUGUUUCAAUCGACUCGAUCUCCCGCCGUACAAGUCGUACGACGCGCUCAACGGGAAACUUACGAUCGCCGUCGAGGAAACUGUUGGGUUUGGCCAGGAAUAGAGGACUUGCGCUUCGUAUGCACGUGUGUGUUCAUUAGGUCGGAUCCAAUCCCAAGAGUAGAAGUUAAAUCGUCGUGUUCUGUGGUGGUGCCCGUGUACAAAAGAAGCGGAAAGAAGUCUCGGGUGGUUUUUGAAAUGUCCCCCCCCCCCUCUCCCCACCACUUUUUCUGUGUUGAGGAUUUGCGUAUACUUAGGAAAGGAAAGGUCGUAUUUUUCUGAUGUGUAUGGACCAUGGAGAUGCUUUUGAGUCAGUCUUAAUGAAGGUUAUUGAGAGCGCGUUGAUGGGUUGAUACGAGCGACUGCGAGGGGCGUUUGGGGGUCUUUUGUGCUUGGUGGUGCGGGUAGGAAAGGAAAGAGAAGCGGGAAGGGUUUGUUAGGUUGUUGGUAGCUGUUUGCAUCGAGCGAGUGUGGAAUGAAAGGCGUAAAGUCGGUAGUUGAACGCUGUGCUUUAUCUGCUGAAGGAU